AUGUGGAGGGCCAUAAUGGCGCCGGGGAAGUCGCUGCAUGAGAUCGCCCUCACCGCGCGCGAGUCUAGCGACAACCUGUCCGCCCUGUCUAAGCACACCUACGGCAAGCUCUUCACCUGGAUCGUCGCCUUCAUCAACCGCUGCCACCAGCGGCAUGUCCGCGGCGUCAUCCUCAACAAAGGAGCAGCCGAACUUGCUGGGAUCGAUGACGACGAAGUCAAGCGGUCCUCGUUCAUCGGCAUCUUGGACAUCUUUGGUUUCGAGAUCAUGGAGACCAACAGCUUCGAGCAGCUGUGCAUCAACUUCGCCAACGAGGUCCUGCAGCGGCAGUUCAACCAACACAUCUUCGUGCUGGAGCAGGCAAGCGGGGUUGGAUGA